CGUGGCGGCGGAGGCGCACGGCGUGGGUUAGCUGCAAGACGUCGUCGCAGGAAAAAGCCCAAGGUGCUGCCGUUGCUGGUCCAAGUCGGACUCGGUGUCGCUAGCGCUCGGCCCGUACAGCCCGUCUUCGCCGCUGCCAGCCCCGCGGGAUGGACCCGGCCACCGCUCUGCCCCCGGGCCCGCGCCCGGCGAUGCCCCUCGGGGGCCCGGGCCCGCUGGGCGAGUUCUUGCCGCCCCCUGAGUGUCCGGUCUUCGAGCCCAGCUGGGAAGAGUUCGCGGACCCCUUCGCUUUCAUCCACAAGAUCCGGCCCAUAGCUGAGCAGACCGGGAUCUGUAAGGUGCGCCCGCCGCCGGACUGGCAGCCACCAUUUGCAUGUGAUGUUGAUAAACUUCAUUUUACCCCACGUAUCCAGAGGCUGAACGAAUUGGAGGCUCAAACUCGUGUAAAAUUGAAUUUCCUGGAUCAGAUUGCAAAGUACUGGGAGUUACAAGGAAGUACUCUUAAAAUUCCACAUGUGGAGAGGAAGAUCUUGGACUUGUUUCAGCUGAACAAGUUAGUUGCAGAAGAAGGUGGAUUUGCAGUUGUUUGCAAGGAUAGAAAAUGGACCAAAAUUGCCACAAAGAUGGGGUUUGCUCCCGGCAAAGCUGUGGGCUCACAUAUCAGAGGGCAUUACGAACGAAUCCUCAACCCUUACAAUUUAUUUCUGUCUGGAGACAGUUUGAGGUGUCUACAGAAGCCCAACCUGACCACAGACACCAAGGACAAAGAAUACAAACCCCACGAUAUUCCACAGAGGCAGUCUGUGCAGCCCUCAGAAACGUGUCCCCCUGCCCGGCGAGCAAAACGUAUGAGAGCGGAGACUAUGAAUAUUAAAGUGGAACCAGAAGAGACUACAGAAGCUAGAACGCAUAAUCUAAGACGUCGAAUGGGUUGUCCAACUCUCAAAUGUGAAAAUGAGAAAGAAAUGAAAAGUAACAUCAAACAAGAACCCCUUGAGAAGAAAGAUUAUAUUGUAGAAAGUGAGAAGGAAAAACCGAAGAGUCGAUCUAAAAAAACCACCAAUGCUGUGGACCUGUAUGUCUGUCUCCUAUGUGGCAGUGGCAAUGAUGAGGACCGGCUUCUCUUGUGUGAUGGCUGUGAUGACAGUUACCAUACCUUUUGCUUAAUCCCGCCGCUCCAUGAUGUACCUAAGGGAGACUGGAGGUGUCCUAAGUGUUUGGCUCAGGAAUGUAGUAAACCACAAGAAGCAUUUGGCUUUGAACAAGCAGCCAGGGACUAUACCCUUCGUACUUUUGGAGAAAUGGCAGAUGCGUUCAAGUCUGAUUACUUCAACAUGCCAGUCCAUAUGGUUCCCACCGAGCUGGUUGAGAAAGAAUUUUGGCGACUGGUAAGCACUAUUGAAGAAGAUGUCACAGUGGAAUAUGGAGCUGAUAUUGCUUCAAAAGAAUUUGGCAGUGGCUUUCCUGUUCGAGAUGGAAAAAUCAAACUGUCGCCUGAAGAAGAGGAAUAUCUUGAUAGUGGCUGGAAUCUGAACAAUAUGCCAGUGAUGGAACAGUCUGUCCUUGCUCACAUUACUGCAGACAUAUGUGGCAUGAAACUGCCUUGGCUGUAUGUGGGAAUGUGCUUUUCUUCCUUCUGCUGGCAUAUCGAAGACCACUGGAGCUAUUCAAUUAACUACUUGCACUGGGGUGAGCCAAAAACAUGGUAUGGUGUCCCAGGGUAUGCUGCCGAGCAGCUAGAAAACGUCAUGAAGAAACUAGCUCCAGAGCUCUUUGUGUCCCAACCUGACCUCCUCCAUCAGCUUGUGACCAUCAUGAACCCCAAUACUCUGAUGACUCAUGAAGUGCCUGUUUAUCGAACAAAUCAGUGUGCUGGGGAGUUUGUGAUUACAUUUCCAAGAGCCUACCACAGUGGUUUUAAUCAAGGUUUUAAUUUUGCUGAGGCUGUGAACUUCUGCACUGUCGAUUGGCUGCCAUUAGGUCGACAGUGUGUGGAACAUUAUCGCUUGCUUCACCGUUAUUGCGUGUUUUCCCAUGAUGAGAUGAUUUGCAAGAUGGCUUCCAAGGCUGAUGUCCUGGAUGUUGUAGUGGCUUCCACUGUUCAGAAGGACAUGGCCAUUAUGAUUGAGGAUGAGAAAGCUUUAAGGGAAGUUGUCCACAAAUUGGGAGUAAUUGACUCAGAAAGAAUGGAUUUUGAGCUGUUGCCCGAUGAUGAGCGGCAGUGUAUAAAAUGCAAGACUACAUGCUUCAUGUCUGCCAUCUCCUGUUCUUGUAAACCUGGACUACUUGUCUGCCUGCAUCAUGUAAAAGAACUAUGUUCCUGCCCUCCAUAUAAAUACAAACUUCAAUACAGGUACACUCUGGAUGAUCUCUACCCUAUGAUGAAUGCAUUGAAGCUUCGAGCAGAAUCUUACAACGAAUGGGCCUUGAAUGUGAAUGAAGCUUUGGAGGCAAAGAUCAACAAGAAGAAAAGCCUUAUUAACUUCAAGGCUUUAAUUGAAGAGUCUGAAAUGAAGAAAUUCCCAGACAAUGAUCUUUUACGCCACCUUCGUUUAGUCACACAGGAUGCAGAGAAGUGUGCUUCUGUGGCCCAGCAGUUGCUUAAUGGCAAAAGACAGACGAGAUACCGAUCUGGUGGAGGGAAAUCCCAAAAUCAGUUGACAGUGAAUGAACUCCGACAGUUUGUAACACAGUUGUAUGCUCUUCCAUGUGUUCUCAGUCAAACACCAUUGCUAAAGGAUCUCCUGAAUCGUGUGGAAGAUUUCCAGCAGCAUAGUCAGAAACUACUCUCUGAGGAAAUGCCUAGUGCUGCUGAGCUGCAGGACUUGCUAGACAUCAGCUUUGAAUUUGAUGUUGAACUUCCACAGCUUGCUGAGAUGCGAACCCGUCUGGAGCAGGCCCGUUGGCUAGAAGAGGUGCAGCAAGCUUGCCUAGACCCCAGCUCCCUUACUUUAGAUGAUAUGAGACGUCUCAUAGAUCUUGGGGUAGGGCUUGCACCAUACUCAGCAGUGGAGAAAGCCAUGGCCCGGCUGCAAGAAUUGCUCACAGUGUCAGAGCACUGGGAUGACAAAGCCAAGAGUCUUCUUAGGGCCAGACCACGACUUUCAUUGAGCAGCCUUGCUACUGCAGUAAAGGAGAUUGAGGAGAUCCCUGCGUAUCUGCCCAAUGGUGCAGCCUUGAAAGAUUCAGUGCAGAGAGCCAGAGACUGGCUUCAGGAUGUGGAGACCCUGCAGGCUGGAGGACGUGUACCAGUGUUAGACACACUCAUAGAACUUGUUACAAGAGGUCGAUCUAUCCCAGUGCAUCUGAAUUCUUUGCCAAGACUGGAAUCACUAGUAGCUGAGGUUCAGGCUUGGAAAGAAUGUGCUGCUAAUACAUUCUUGACUGAGAAUUCUCCAUAUUCUCUCUUAGAGGUGCUGUGUCCCCGGUGUGAUAUUGGCCUUUUGGGACUGAAAAGGAAACAGAGAAAGUUAAAGGAGCCUUUGCCAAGUGGGAAGAAGAAAAAUACCAAAUUGGAGAAUUUGAGUGACCUGGAAAGGGCUUUAACUGAAAGCAAAGAGACUGCUUCAGCUAUGGCAACACUUGGGGAAGCUCGCCUACGAGAAAUGGAAGCCUUGCAGUCUCUCAGAGUUGCCAAUGAAGGGAAAUUGCUGUCGCCUGUCCAAGAUGUGGAGUUGAAAGUCUGCCUAUGUCAGAAGGCCCCAGCAACUCCUAUGAUUCAGUGUGAACUCUGCAGGGAUGCUUUCCAUACUAAUUGUGUGGCAGUACCCAGUACUUUACAGAAUCCCCGCAUCUGGCUUUGUCCCCACUGUCGGAGGUCAGAGAAACCUCCCUUAGAGAAAAUUUUGCCCCUGCUGGCUUCCCUGCAGCGCAUCCGAGUUCGCCUUCCUGAGGGAGAUGCACUUCGGUAUAUGAUUGAGAGAACCGUGAACUGGCAACACAGAGCCCAGCAGCUGCUUUCAUCAGGGAAUCUAAAAUUUGUGCAAGACCGAGUCAGCUCAGGACUGUUAUCUAGCAGAUGGCAAACCUCUGGGAGACAGGUGUCAGAGACAAGCAAGGUAUCUCAACCUCCUGGCACCACAUCCUUUUCCUUGCCUGAUGACUGGGACAACCGAACCUCAUAUUUACACUCCCCCUUUUCUACUGGACAGAGUUGUAUCCCCCUCCACGGCAUCAGUCCGGAAGUGAAUGAACUGUUGAUGGAAGCUCAGUUGCUCCAAGUAUCCCUUCCUGAAAUUCAGGAGCUUUACCAGACUCUCCUUGCAAAGCCAAGCCCUGUUUCCCAGACUGACCGAAGCUCACCAGUUCGACCCAGCAGUGAGAAGAAUGACUGCUGUCGGGGAAAGCGAGAUGGAAUCAACAGUCUUGAGAGGAAACUGAAGAGACGCCUGGAUAGAGAAGGCCUCUCCAAUGAGCGGUGGGAUCGAGUCAAGAAAAUGCGGACCCCCAAAAAGAAGAAAAUAAAACUGAGCCACCCCAAGGACAUAAACAAUUUCAAGUUAGAGAGGGAGCGUAGCUAUGAGUUAGUCCGCUCUGCUGAAACUCAUUCCUUGCCCUCAGACACAUCCUAUUCCGAGCAGGAGGACUCUGAGGAUGAAGAUGCCAUCUGUCCUGCUGUGAGCUGCCUGCAGCCAGAAGGAGAUGAGGUGGACUGGGUCCAGUGUGAUGGCAGCUGCAAUCAGUGGUUUCAUCAGGUCUGUGUUGGUGUUUCUCCAGAGAUGGCAGAGAAAGAAGACUACAUCUGUGUGCGCUGUACUGGGAAGGACGCACCAAGCCGAAAGUAAAAACAAAACAAACACCCCACUUAAUGUAAUUCAGGACUCCAACCAAGAUGAUUUCCUCAAAUCUCAGCAAAGCUACAGGACUGGUGUUCAAGCCAGCCUGUACACGGUGCUAUUUCUAUUCCUAACGGGAUCAUUUUUCCAGAACUCUUUGAAAAAAAGAAAAAACAACGAAAAAAAUUUUUGACAAUUUUUGUAUUUUUUUCCUUAAGAGCUGUUUGUGGUUGUUGAGGUUUGAAAUGCUGACUCUUUUUUGCAGGGGUUUCCACCAAUUUGGAAGGCAUUGAAGCUUGCACCUUUUCAUGUACAGCAUUAAAAUUGUACCUCUGUCUGGGAUUUACCGGCGUAGGAGUCCAACUCAGUUUCAGUGCCCAAAAAGAGCACCAGAAGUUCCAGUAAAUCCUCAAUUGAGGAAUCUUUAUCUUGUUUACUCUGUUACCAUAUUGGGGAAUUUUAAGUUUUUCACUUUUGGGGUUUUUGUUUAUUUGUUUCUCUAUCCACUUUUUUUUUUUUUUUUUUCCCUCUAGUAGACUAGGUUUAUUUAUCUGAGCAAUAACUUCUAUGUUGGUUUCAGUGGCUGGAAUUAAAACAAAACAAAACAAACUUCUGAACAGUGUGUUGGUGCUUCAGCAAUUGAUUGAUGUACAGAAUGCAAAUGUCUAGUUUCUAGUGUCACUGAUGAACUAGUGAUGUAGAAAAGAGACUGCUCUGUAAGUAAUUGCCACAGCUGUAUUUUGGCUUCCUCCCUGCCCAUUUCUCCCCCCCCCCCCAUUUUUGGUAGCUUGUAUCAAAUGUUGCAGUUUAUAUUGUGGAAUAAAUCCUUCGUCCUAAUAUAACACUAAAUGCUGGUUAUUUAGAGCCACUAGAUUACAGCUUCUUCUGCCCCUCCACCAUGUGGGCUUGCAGAACCAGAAGGGCUUCCUUGCUUUGGUUUCUGUCCACCCAAGCUAUAGUAACAGUAAAUUUUAGCCUGAAAACAAUAUGAGGAGAUCUUGUUUUGUGGCCUGUGCUUUUUGGUGGGCCACGUGACUCUGUGUCCUACUGAUAAAGAACCUUAGUUUUCAAAGACUGCCCGUAAAGCUAUGCUCUUCUUAAAAAGGCUCUCUGAGAAGGUUGGUAAAUCACUUCAGUGCUCAAAUCAGACCUCCUUAUGGAAAUGACAGCUUUACUAUAUUUCACUUGACAGGGAAAGUUGGUUUAGGGUUAAUAGGUUGGACGGAAAUCAAAGGAAGAUUCAAAUUCAUGGAGGGUUAGCGUAUGGGUUAAAGGAAAACUUUUAAACACCCAAGCCCUGCUUUUCUAAUUUCCUUUUCUGUCUCUUUCUCCCUGGAUCAUCACUGGUUAUGGAUAGCCCAUUACCAUUUUCCUUCCUUUCUUUUGAAAGGGACCUGUUCUUCAUUAGAGAGGGCAUCCUGGUAAACAGAACAGAUUCUUUUUCUCAUUCUAAUGUUAAUAUUUGUUUUCCCUACAUUCUAUAGCCAUAAACCCAAAGGUGGGUAGAAUAAGUGGGCCUUUAAUGAAACAGCAACAACAAUAACAAAAAGCAGUUUGUGAUGUAGCAGAGAUUUAAAUGUACUGUCCCCCUUUAUGCAAUUCAAAUAAUUAAAUCUCUUUAAGAAUGAA